UCGCUUCAGUUCAGUCUAGACAGCGAACCAGUGCGCUGAUACUAUUUUUCGUCCUUUACCAACUACCGCGGGUUAGGUACGUUCAUAUCGCGUUAGUUUUUCGUGUAUUAGUGUAGUAAAUGUGCUGAAAUUUGUGUCUUGUAAACAUUCUCGUUUCGUCUACUUGAUGGGGAUACAUGAACCGGAGAAGCCUUGCGAUUGCAAAGCUGAAAAACCAGUGAAAAGUCAUUCGUUGUUCUCGCCGCUCAAGGGGAAAAUGAAGGUCUUGAAGAAAAUCAAACGACGCAUGGGACUAGCAUCAAGGUCUAGUUCAAAUGGAGGAGGAACCAAUAAUCUGCCGCCCUUGCUCUUCCACAAUGUCCACGGAGAUAACAUAAGGAUCAGCAGAGAUGGCACUGUUGCUAAACGUGCAGAAAGUUUCUGCAAAGGCAUCGCCUUCAGUUCAAGACCAGUCAAAGUUAAUGAGAAGAUCUGCAUCAAAUUUUUGGAGAUAUCCAUCAAUUGGAGUGGGGUGAUCAGGUUUGGAUUUACCUACAACGACCCCAGCGGUCUAAGAUCUGGUCUGCCUAAAUACGCCUGUCCUGAUCUCACUAACAAACCAGGAUAUUGGGCCAAAGCUUUGCCAGAAAGGUUCUGCAGUCGCAAUACAGUUUUAUUCUAUUACGUGACCUCAGCUGGAGACGUACACUUCGGUAUCAAUGGAGAAGAGAAGGGUAUCUUUUUCAGCGGGGUCGAUACCAGAGGACCACUAUGGGCACUAAUUGACGUUUAUGGAAAUUCGACAGCCAUCGAGUUUGUAGAUGUUAGACAUAAUCUUAACAAUUCACGAAGGAAUGCAACCAACAAUAAUAACUGUGAUAAUAUUAACGAAGAUAUCGAUAGAUUAGUUUUCCCUAUGCAACAAUGCAACAUACAACAGAGAGACAAUGAAGAAAUGAAUCUUCCCGUGCUUCGUUACCAGUCUUCUUAUGUUAAUUACCAGCCGAUGACCUUGCAUAGAACUAGAGGUAGAAACGUUAGAUUUAACAGCAGUAAAAACGUGGCGGAAAGAGUUGAUAACGAAUUCUGCCAGGGUUAUGUGUUCACAGCCAGACCCCUGCAACUAGGUGAAAGAGUGGUUUGUCAGAUUUUGAAUACGGAUGCUAUGUUCCAAGGAUGUUUAGCUCUGGGUUUGACUUCAUGUGACCCGAGUUCCCUUCGUAGCAGCGAUUUGCCUGACGAUUCCAAUUUUUUGCUGGAUAGGCCUGAGUACUGGGUGAUUAGUAGAGACUUUGCUAGAAAUUUGAAUCAAGGAGACGAAAUAAGUUUUUGCAUCGCUCUGAAUGGUGAAGUACAGAUCAGUCGCAAUGGAGGAGCUCCACUUGUUGUUAUCCACGUCGACCAAAGCUUGCAAUUAUGGGCAUUCUUCGAUAUCUUCGGUUCAACGCAAAAGAUUCGAGUUUUAAGCAGCCCCUCCCCUGUUUCCAUACCAACGCAUCCGGUUCAAAACUCACAUUGUAGAAUGUUGUCUCCUACCUCCGCCUCGGAAUCCAUCAACAGUUUGAACUCACAGUCGGAACUCAGAAAUACAAUCAACGCUCAGUCCGAACUUAGGAGAAGUUCAAUAAUGCAACAACCUUCAAAUGCCAGGAUUUUGAUAGCGCCACCUACAUCAGAUGUUCAAGUCCAUCAAAACGUCAAUGGCGGAGCUAUGCUGACAGUCAUGUUGCCGCCAUCUACUGCUCAUUUCAUCAAUCAGCCAGCUCAAAUAUCAUCCAAUCAUCAUAUUCAUCACUCAUCCCACAGUUCUGUACAUAACCAAAAUCAAACUAGUCAACAAGCAAUUAGUUGUGGACCACAUACGAGUCAUGUGACUCCUCCUUCUCCAAGAAAGGGGGUAUACCCUGAACCAAAGCCUACUGGUACAAUGGUUUCAUCUUGCAGCAGUAAUUAUAUAGAGCCAAUUUCCUCAGAUGCAAGCAAAUAUUCGUCCCUUGGCUGGUUAGAGCGAAAUGGAGCAGUUCAUGGUGCUGGCACCGAAUGCACAAUUUGCUACGAAAAUACCAUAGACUCAGUUUUGUAUACGUGCGGACAUAUGUGUAUGUGUUACGAAUGCGCACUUCAACAAUGGAAAGGAAAAGGUGGCGGACACUGUCCCCUUUGCCGAGCCUCAAUAAGGGAUGUUAUUCGUACCUACAAACCGUGAAUUUCAAAUUGGAUAGAUAGCAAUAUUGAAUGUCUCAGAAUCUAAUUGUUAGUGAAAUUACUCGAAAUAACUAAAAAAUUCAAUUCUUCUAUUAAUUUAUUUUGUGAAAGUUAGUUUUUCCGUCCAGACUGAACUUUUUUGUCUAAAUGAUUGUUUAUAUUUUGAGACAUUACAAUGACGAAAAUCCUAAAUUGAUUAUGUGCUUCCUGGGGAACUCAGCAUUUUGAAAUUUAUAUUGUAAAGACUGAUUUCGUGGAAUAGUUUGUAUAUUGUUUUCGUAUUUGUUAUCGAGAUGUGCAUAGAUAAAUGUGUAGCUAGUUGACGAUUCCUUGGAAGAAUUGUCAGAUCUAUGUUUAGUCUUGCAAAUAUUGUACAUAUGGCUGAAAAUUGCUAUUCCUGUUUACUUUUUUACCAUUCUUAUACUGUUGUAUCGAAUAUUGUGUGGAUUUAUCCAGAACUUACUACCAAAGAUGCCAUGGCUGAAAUUUGGUCAGUGGUAAUUCAGCAGAAAAUUAGUCAGCUGCUGUAGUCCAUAGUUUGUGGAUUUAGUCAACUGUAUAUGCAGUUUUAAACUCUUAUUUAUAUUAUUUUAUUAUGGUUAAUGUAAUCCCUUUAUGAACAUAUGAUCCUUAUUUCUAGGUUAAUUUUAAAUUUUCCAUAUCUGAUUCACCCCUAGAAAUUAGAAUUGUAAUGAAGGUGCUCUCUUGUGUAAGUUAUUGAUUUUGUGUUAAAACUUCGGCUGUUAUGCUUUGAAAUCUGGAAAUUUGACAACACAUUCCCUUAUUUAUUUUUCCAUUUUAUCUUCAACUACUGGUCCUUGUUUAAUGAGUAUAUGGUUUAAAACACAAAAUGUUAGAUUUAGAUUUAACAUAAUAGUAAUUCUAGUCAUCAAAAUGUGCUGCUGUAGUUCAGUUCAAAGUGUUAUUCCAAAAGAAAUAUAUUCUUCAAAUGAAUAAAAUGUUAAUUAUUACAAAAUAAAUAUUUAGUUAUGAUA